CUUUGGCUGGCGCACUCUUCUGGGGCUCUCAUUCCUAAAUGCCAAAUCCACACUCUCAUAAUUCUCUGAUCAGAUCACUCUUUCUAUUCACUGAGCUCAGAGCUGACACUCUCCUCUUCCAUUCCAUGUCAGUUCUCUGAUCCUCCGAUGGAGCUGAAGCCCCGCAGCACCUGCUCCUCGCCGUACUUCCCCGCCGCCAACCUCAGCCGCGGCUCGAUCAUCCAAUGCCUCUCUCUCAUGACUCUCCGACGGCCGAAGCGAGCAGUCUCCACCCGUUCGGGCGAGCUACGGAGGAUGGAACGGGCUGUAUUGGCGAGAGCGAGAAGCGAUGGUGGUGGAGCGCAGCCGGAGACCGCGGUGGUGGACAAACCGAAGCUGAGCAGGUUCGAAGUCUCCCAGGGGCUACCAGUUCCGUUUGGCGCUACUCCCGUUGAUGGCGGCGUCAAUUUUGCCGUCUUUUCGAGCAAUGCGGUGUCUGCUACUCUCUGUCUGCUUAGUCUGUCUGACCUCCGCGAGAGCACAGUUACUGAGCAGAUCCCUCUCGAUCCUUCAAUCAACCGUACAGGCGAUGUGUGGCAUAUAUUUCUGAAGGGGGAUUUCACCGACAUGUUGUACGGUUACAAGUUCGAAGGGAAGUUCUCUCCAGAAGAAGGGCACCGUUAUGAUGCUACUAAGAUACUCUUGGAUCCAUAUGCAAAAGCAGUGAUAAGCAGAGGGGAAUACGGUGUUUUGGGACCUGAGGAUAACUGUUGGCCCCAAAUGACUUGCAUGGUACCUUCCAACAAUGAUGAGUUUGACUGGGAAGGAGAUUUACCGCUGAAGAUACAAAACAAUGACCUCUUCAUGUAUGAGAUGCACAUAAGGGGUUUUACAAAGCACGAAAGCAGCAAUACUAAAUUUCCUGGUACUUACCUCGGUGUGGUGGAAAAGCUUGACCACUUGAAGGAGCUGGGCAUUAACUGCAUAGAAUUAAUGCCAUGCCAUGAAUUUAAUGAGCUGGAAUACUUCAGCUACAACUCCGUCAUGGGUGACUAUAAGAUGAACUUUUGGGGAUAUUCAACUAUCAAUUACUUCUCUCCAAUGAUAAGGUAUUCAUAUACUGGCACACGCAAUGAUGGCAGCAGCGCAAUAAAUGAAGUUAAACUUCUUGUCAGAGAGGCGCAUAAACGAGGGAUUGAGGUAAUCAUGGAUGUUGUUUUCAACCAUACAGCUGAAGGAAAUGAAGAUGGUCCCAUUUUUUCUUUUAGAGGCAUUGAUAACAGUGUUUAUUACAUGCUUGCUCCCAAGGGAGAGUUUUAUAACUAUUCUGGUUGUGGGAACACAUUUAAUUGCAAUCAUCCAGUGGUUCGACAAUUCAUAGUGGACAGCUUAAGAUAUUGGGUUACAGAGAUGCAUGUGGAUGGCUUUCGCUUUGAUCUUGCUUCAAUCAUGACCAGGAGUAGCAGCCUAUGGGAUGCAAUUAAUGUGCAUGGAAAUCCGAUUGAUGGAGACCUGCUGACAACUGGCACCCCUCUCAAUAGCCCUCCAUUGAUAGACAUGAUAAGUAAUGAUCCAGUGCUUCGAGGAGUGAAGCUCAUAGCAGAAGCAUGGGAUACUGGAGGCUUGUAUCAAGUUGGGACUUUUCCUCAUUGGGGUAUUUGGUCAGAAUGGAAUGGGAAGUACCGCGAUAUAGUGCGACAAUUUAUCAAAGGAACAGAUGGCUUCUCUGGGGCCUUCGCUGAAUGCUUGUGUGGGAGCCCAAACUUGUACCAGGAAGGAGGAAGAAAACCAUGGAAUAGUAUCAAUUUUGUUUGCGCACAUGAUGGUUUUACUUUGGCUGAUCUGGUUAUGUACAACAAGAAGCAUAAUUUGGCUAAUGGCGAAGACAACAAUGACGGAGAGAGUCAUAAUAAUAGCUGGAAUUGUGGACAGGAGGGAGAGUGUGCGAGUAUUUCUGUGCAAAGAUUGAGGAAGCGACAGAUGCGGAAUUUCUUCCUCUGCCUAAUGGUUUCUCAAGGCGUCCCAAUGAUAUACAUGGGAGAUGAAUAUGGUCACACGAAAGGAGGGAAUAACAACUCGUACUGCCAUGAUAACUAUAUUAAUUACUUCAGGUGGGAUAAGAAAGAAGAGUCUUCAUCAGAUUUCUAUCGGUUUUGUCGCCUUAUGACGAACUUUCGCCAUGAAUGUGAAUCACUUGGAUUAAACAACUUCCCAACAGCCGAAAGAUUGCAGUGGCACGGCCAUGUUUCUGGGGUACCUGAUUGGUCUGAGAGCAGCCGUUUUGUUGCCUUUACAUUGAUUGAUUCGGUUAAAGGGGAGAUCUAUGUUGCUUUUAACGCCAGCCACCUGCCUGUCACCAUUACACUUCCUGAGCGGCCAGGGUACAGAUGGGAACCCUUAGUGGACACAGGCAAGCCCACCCCAUUCGACUUCAUCCCAGCUGAACAUCCAGGGAGAGAUAUUGCGGUCACUCAAUACAGUCACUUUCUCAAUGCCAAUCUUUACCCGAUGCUCAGCUACUCCUCCAUUAUCCUCUUGCUUUCUCCUGAAAAUGGUGCAUAGCUUGGAAGUCAAUGAAUGCGUUCCACUCAAGCAAAGUCGGUUUAAAAUUUGAUGGAGGGAAAUGUUUCUGCAGCUUUGAUCACGAGUAGAAGCAUGAGGUAGCAGUAUGACUAGGGAGUUUCCCUGUCUCAAUUAUAAGUUUCUACUGCUAUUAUAUCUGCAUCGUAUGUAUUAGUGGGGCACAUGUUUUGUGGAGAUUGUAUCCGGUGUAUAUAUACUGUACAUUGUCAUAUGUAGCACUUGCACGAAAGCAUCUCAUUGUAAAAUUUAAGCAUUCCAGUGUGGAAUUUCGGGUAUAGUAUGUUAAUAGCUUGUGGAAGCCAAAAGAAUUAGCUUUGAGAUCCAAA